GUCAGGUCAGCCUUGCUGAUUCAUUUGCAUUAGAUUGCAGUUCACAACGUUGCUGACGACGUCGACGGUCGACUUUAUUUCUUUUCUUUAUUUCUUUUCAUUGUUCACUUAAUGGCUUUGACUGCAACGGCACAUUCAGCUCUCUCAACACGGUGGGACGAUACAAUCGUGCCAACUCUUCGCAAGAGACUAGAAAGCGAAAGUCGCAUCCUUGCUAAACGCCUGUCAGUGGCAUCUUUUUCUUCUACGGACGACACACCAAGGUCGAACGCUCCUUCAAUUUCUGGCCAUACUCUGCGAGAUCUGGCCCCAAGUUCAUUUUAUUCUCCAGAACACAAGAAAUUUAGUGCUAUACCCAGACCAAACUUGCAACAGUCAGGAAGUCCUUCAGAAGCAUCCCGUGCCAACGGCGCUUCCUCACACAAUCCACCAUAUACGCGCGCUCGCACAGUUUCUCAACCAUACUUGUACGAUUCUUCUUCCCAACUUAACGGCUACGCGAACGGACACGCUAUACCCACUCCAGAUCCUUCUCGUCCUACUUCCCCUCGCACUUCUGACGUGAAGCCCACCCGAAUACCGAUGGUCGCGCGGGGGAGAACCACAAGUACUUCCAGUCACGCUCAGAGUGUCGCGACUCGUACAGAAAGUCGCAAUGACGUCCUUUUCCACCAGACGCCUACUCCUGAUGCAUCUCCUGAUCUCUGGAUUGUCGACGAGACUGACCCCACUUUGUCAAAUGUCACCAUUCGACAUCAGAGAUCAAAUAUCAUGAACGAACCUGCUCCAUUUGGGGCGAGUUCUAUCAGUUCCUCCACUCUCUCCAAACAAUCUCACCACGACACUGGCUUUGCGCCUCCGCGGCCUUCCAAUGAAUCAGAAGAACGUCCAUUUGAACAUUGGUACAGAGGAGAUGUGCAUAGAAACGGUGGCGUCGGGGAACUGCGUGUAGGUAAACGCAUGGAGAUGUUGCGUAUCGCCAACUUCGGACACGACAUGAAGUCAAGCACGCACCGUUUUGCACCUCGGGACUUCUCCGCCGCUUUGGAGUACAGCCGUAGACGGAAGAGAGCUGAUAGUGCUUCUGGCCUACGGGAAAGAGAGAGUUUGUAUUUGGAUGAACAGAGAGCAAAGGAGGCGGAUAUGGUACUGGACGAGAGCCCACCAACGGAUAUUGACGGUGAUCCUGACACUGACCCGGAAGAUGACUAUAACGCAUAUGGCAGUGCAGAGGACGUUACUAUUCAUCCUCCAUUCAGUGCGUCUACGCCUGGUCUAGUCAGAUUCUCUACAGAGAAUACCCGCAGCGAAGCACACCCCACUAUCAAUACCGAGAUGCCACCCACUUCGGAUACCCGUUGCACAGCCAACACAUCCACUGAAACAACACGCAGUUCCGAAACUCUGAUUCCAUCUCCUGAUUCCAUCACAAGUUCCCCCCGGCGGUCAUUUUCACGAUCACAGAAUCAAUCGCCUGAUCGUCCGCCGAGUAACAAACGUCGCGCGAAGAGCCCGGUAUCGCCUUCAACACCGAAGAAGUCCAAAUCGAAAGCGAAGACGCCACCUUCCGCUGCACGACGGAAGGAUGACAAUCGCGGCUCGAUUGCUUCAUAUCCAACGCCCGAAGGAGAUGGUAUGGUUGACGCCAUACCCACGUGGACCCAACCAGUUCAGAAGUCGGGCACCUGGGACGAGGUGGUAUUACCGGUUGUGGCACGCAAGAAAGGUCUAGAUAGUCAGUACGAGCAAGCAGAUGGCAGCCCUCGUCCGAAACCUCCCAAUCCUGUUGUUCCAGCGCCUGGCACUUUUGGUUAUGAUUACUCUAAGUAUCGUGCGCCUCAGGGAGAGGAGAUACCAAUGGAUGAAUUCGGCGAGCUACCAAGUACGAUUCAGGAGAUUCCGGCAUCGAUACCUGAAAGCCCGCCUCCAACACUACCACCACCCCUCACCGAAGAACCAGAGCGACCUAUCCGUCCAGCCCGUCGGAAAACGACCCCACGUCCUCCUGAUUCUCCAGCACCGUUCUCGCACUACCGACAUACAGACAUUCCGACCAUCAACGUUACGCGACCAUCCACUGACGUCGAGCCACCACAGCAAGUACCUCACGACGAUGAAGACACAGGCGCUGGGUGCUGCAAGUGCGUUGUUAUGUGAUUGCGACGAUUUCGAAGCAUUUGCUCGUUUCUCUUCAUUGUCCCAUGUUUUCACUUUUCACUUUCACUUUCUCAUCCACAUCUACAUAUGUCAUCUUCAUUCCUCUGGGCCGCGUCAUUCAGAUUUCUUUGCAUAUUGGGCGUUCCUCGUUUUUCCGCAUACCUUACCACUCAAGACAACUGGAGUGUCAUACCUCUCGUUCACUUUCCGCUUCGUAUCGUCCUCCACCAUACCAUUCCCUUGUCGCAAAACAGAUCUGUCCCUCUUCUUAUGCCGCUCGUUUACCUUGUGUAUUAUGGAUCCAUGGCCGGUAUUCACUCUCAAACUAUUUUAGUGCUCUAGUACUCUGGGUUGACUCACUUACAUAUACAUCAUCAGUGAUAUUCUUGUUGUGCAUCGCGAGUUGCCAGUCCAAAAGUUAGAAACAUUAAUCGUAUGACAUUG